AUGGGUGGCAAACAAUCACUCAUGGAUACCAAGCUCAACAUUAUGCUUCAAUCGAAGGAAGCUUAUAAAAUGCAUUACAAAUGCCUUCGUGAAGAAGAGGAGGAACGACAGAAAAUCAAAGUUGCCAUAGAGUCCAACAACUCAGAAGCUGCCAGAUUACACGCUUCAAAUUCAAUUCGCAAGAGAGAUGAGGCAAUACGGUAUUUAGAAUUCAAGUCUAGGUUAGAUAUUAUAUCGGCGCAAUUGGAAUCUGCAAUGAGGACUCAAAAGGUAACUGACGAACUUAAAAAGGCUCUUCCUCAAUUAAAUGACCUUUUAAAAUACAAAAAACUGGAUUCGAUUGAAGUUAUAAAUGACUUCCAAAAAAUAUUUGAAAAUAUGGGAAAGAGAGAUUCUCACAUAAACAAGAUGAUAUCGAGUGAUUUAUUAUAUAAUGCCCCUGCUCGUGAUGUUGAUAUUCUGAUAUCCAAAGUAGCAGAUGAAUACGCUCUUGAUGCAACCGAUGUUCUCAAAACACCAGCGUCAAAUAAUAAUACAUCCUGCGAGAAUAAUAAAGAAGCAAAUUUAUCUUAA